UUCUUAACCGCUCCCUCCAUGUUGAGUUACACAAACGUAUGGGGAGUGUAGGUAGUCAUGUCUAUUGAGACGAGGUCGAACUCAGCUCUCUUUAAAAGAGCUGAACAAUUGAAACGUUGGGAAGAAUCAGAAACGAACCGUGUGCCUGGAACACCAAACAGGAAGAAAAAGAAGAUACAAUUUUCUGCGGGAUGUGUGUUUUUAGCUGCGUGUGCUGCCGGAGACAAGGAAGAGGUUCUCCGUUUGCUACAGAAAGGGGCAGACAUAGAUACAGCGAACGUAGAUGGGCUGACGGCGUUACAUCAGGCUUGCAUAGAUGACAAUCUCGAUAUGGUGGAGUUCCUAGUAGAGCAUGGUGCCGAUGUUAACAGAGGUGACAAUGAAGGUUGGACUCCACUCCACGCCACAGCCUCGUGUGGUUUCAUCAGCAUAGCUAAGUACCUGAUAGAACACGGUGGGAAUGUUGCAGCUGUCAACAAUGAUGCUGAACUUCCAGUUGACAUCGCUGAAUCAGAUGAAAUGGAGGAAAUGCUUCAACAGAAUAUUGAAGCUAAAGGUAUUGAUUGUGAUGAAGCCCGUAAUGAGGAAGAACGAAUGAUGUUGGAAGAUGCUAAAGCUUGGCUCAAUAGUGGUUUCUUUGAUGAUGAACCACAUCCAAAAACUGGUGCAAGAGCAUUGCAUGUUGCUGCUGCUAAGGGUUACAUCAAAGUUAUGAGAGUUCUACUCCAAGGAGGUGCAGAUGUAAAUGUGCAAGACUUUGAUGGCUGGACACCCCUCCAUGCUGCAGCACAUUGGGGCCAAAAAGAAGCAUGUGAAAUGCUGGUGGAAAAUUUCUGUGAUAUGGAAAUGAAGAACUAUGUGGGUCAAACAGCCUUUGAUAUUGCUGACCCUGACAUGAUCCCAGUUCUUGAGGAACUGCAGAAGAGACAAGCUGCAAUGCAGAGAGAUCAUGCUGCAAACAACGCAAUUUUGCAGAAGAAGGGGACCAACAAUUCCAAGAGAAGGUCAUCCAUCACCCGAAUGUCAGUAGCUGACAAGUCAAACCUCAUAAAUAAAGAUGCAUCAUCUGAACGUCAGAUUCUGGACCAGUCAAUUUCAGAAGAAGAUAGCACCAACAAAAUGCUGAAAGUAAAAGUGGAAAUUGAACCAGUAUCUGACAAAGAAGAUACAAGUGAACACUCUGAUGUCAGUGAAGUUGAGGAUCAAGAACAGUCCAGUGACUCCAGUGACUCUUCAGAUGAUACUGAAACUUCUAAUGGUAGUGAAACACAAAGUAGUGUUAAUAGUGCAGAGGAGAAGAAAAACAAGGCUAACAGGGAUGAUACUGCCAAAACAAGCAGCAUAGAAACCAACAAAUUAGUUCCUAACAGUCCGUCCAUGCCGUCUAACUUGCCACAGGAAAUAGAUGACCCUUCAAGAUGGCGAAGGCCUGGUUCUUUACGAAGCCGGGGAGCAAAUGGUGAGGAGGAUAUUACGAAUAAAACUAUACCUGGUAAUGUUGAGAAGGAAAAUCAGAAGGUUUCCACACCAACAGGUACUGUGAACCGCACCAUUGUGGAUAAACCAGAAGUCUCUGUUCGGAGAACCCGUAGUUUUGAAGCUGAUGAGAAGUUUUAUCCCAAAUACUUGGAGUUAAAAGCGAGAAUAAAAGCUGGUUCAUGCCCUACGUUACACUCGUCCUCAGAUUCUGCCCUUCCGACACGUUCUGCAUCACUACGAGACAAGUGUGAUUCAAGGGGUAUUAAAAAAGAAGCUGAUGAUGCUGUUUCCCCAGUAUCAGAUAUCUUGAAUGCUGUUACAACAGGAACAACCACAAUAACCACUCACACCUCACCAACGAGGCAAUCUCUUCCUGUAGCCAACAGUCCCUUACCAACUAACCAAGUUAGAAGUUUCAGUCCUCCAAAGGACAGUGCUGCCAGCACUUGUCCUCCAACACCACCUACACCCACAACACCCGGUGGGAGUAAGCUAAGCCCAGGGAACAUCUUUAAAAAUUUUUUCAAAUCCUUUGUCCCACCUGUUCGUGAUGAGGAAUCAGAAACGCAAAGGAAAGCACAUGCAAAACGUGUUCGUGAAACACGACGAUCCACUCAAGGUGUCACUUUAGAAGAAAUAAAGUCUGCAGAGCAGCUGGUAAAACGAAAAAAUCAGCAGCAGCUUCAACAAGCAACACAGCAAUUGAGCAAUAAUGAACAGCUUCCUGCUGUUACUAACUCACCAUCAAUUACUGCAACAAUAACUACAGCAAGCCCAACAGUGCCUUCAAAGAGUGUGGCAACAGGUGGAAAAGAAGAGGAAGUACACCAAGAGCGACGACCCUCUUGGAGGCUUAGGGUUGAUAACGGUGACAGGAAUAAGUUUCUAUUGGAAGAUGCACGUAGCAAAAGUACUCCAAAUGACACGGCUGCUACAACGUAUGUUAGGAGGACAUCGGGAAGUACUCCAGUGCGACCAUCCUCUGCACCAGUUGACCCAUCAUCUGUCGAUACUACUGUAACAAUAGCACUUAGGCGACAAUCGAAGCCACCAGACGACAGAGAUCAAGAUAAGGAGAAUGACAUCAGAAAUGCACAAGCAACCCAAGGUGUGAUACAAAGGCGGCGGCGACCGAAGCGCAGGUCAACUGGUGUUGUGCACGUAGACAUGGAUGAAAUUGAUCCUGAUCGUCAAGAUGCCCUAACUGGAGGGGAGACACUUGACAUUGCGAAAGGUGCAAAUGAUGAGAGUGGAGGAUCUCCACAGUCGUCACGACUUAGUUCACCUGCAGCAGACUCCCCUAUUAAUUCUCGACAUUCGUCCACUCUUUUGCCGCAUGAGGCAAGUGAAAAUGGUGAAAUUGACUACAAAAAGCUCUAUGAAGCCUUACUGUUGGAGAAUGAAAGGAUAAAAGAGAAAUUACAGAAGACUGAGGAGGCUUUGAAUGAAGCCAGGGUGCAGAUUUCAAGCAGUUCUAUACCUCCACCAAAGAAUUCACUAUCGGAGAUGGAGAAACGUGAAAGGAGAGCAAUGGAAAGGAAACUCUCGGAAAUGGAAGAAGAACUGAAACUAUUGGAGCAGUUCAGGAGUGAAAAUCAGAAACUGAAAGAUGAGAAUGGUGCCUUGAUUAGGGUGAUCAGUAAGUUAUCAAAGUGAUUGAUCAGUUGAAACAGAAGCUCACAAGCUGUGUUGGAAAUGAAUAAUUUAUUAAAGCUAGUGGAAUAUGCAGCAUUUCUCUGUUAUGUAGGAUGUAUUUAUUUCAGAAAAACUAUACAUUCAGUGAUUUAAGGGAUUCUUUGUAGUUAUUUAGGAACUAGAUUUGUUUUCCUCACCUCAUCUGUAAUUCAUUUCUUAAUUUAUUAUUCAUUUUGCAGUAUUAUAACUAAAGUAUUUUGCACUGAAUUACUCAGAUAUAAAGUUAAUGCUUUGCUUUGAAAUAGAGAAGAAACUUUAUCAAAGUUUUGUGAAGCUGAAAGUGGAGGAUUGAGCUCAAUUUCGUAAUUUUGAUAAAAUUUUUGAGCUCACUCUCCGGCCAUGUGUAUGUGUGGAAGUUUAUCAACAAGAAGGAACAUAAAAAUAGUUUAAAUGUUCAAAAUGCAGAUGUAUUGUAAACAUUGUAUGUGUAAUUGCUGUCUUAAAAAAAGUUACGUUUUAAAAUAUACUUCAGUUUGUUCACACAUUUUAAUUACCUUUUACAAAAAUGGCUUAAUGAGAGAGUCCUCCAAAAUUUAUGUUGUAUAUACGUGCAUCUUUAUGAAAACCUGUUGGGUGUUUUAUAUGCAUAUAAAGUUGCCAACUGCUGUAUUGUUUUAAGUUUGAAACAUCUUUUUUUUUUCUAGUCCUCGUUAUAUCAGUGAAUGUCAAGUGUAAAUUAAUUUUGUAAUGUAAAUUGUUUUACAAUUUCCCUAUUUAAAGCAUAUCAUGUGUAGGUCAUUAAAACAUGUUAAGAUGUAUCAUUUUCUAUUGAUGUUUACUAAUAUUGUUGUGAUGUUGUUGCAUCCAUGAUAUUUAAUUACCAAGUCUUCAGAAGGAAACUUGUAAUUCAGGCUUUGUCUGCUGUUUGCUAAGUUGAAUUUUAUAGUUCAUUUUAUUCAUGGAUUGUAUAUUUGUAUUAAAAUUUAGUAAAUAAUUUUAUUGGUAUGUUAUGCAUGAAUGUUUCAGUUACCUUGGUGCUAAAUCCAUUACAGGUUUUUACACAGUUCUGUUAUUACCACAGAACGAUGAGCUAUCAGCAAAUAACUGUGAAAAUGUUUUAGAUACCUGUGUUGAAUGUCUAUUCGUCUGAUAACAACAGAUACUUAAGUAGACAAUGAAGUCUCCUAUUUUCGUCUGGUCUGUUAAAUUAGUCCGAUGGAGGUCUCAGCACGUGACAAAUGGGUGGAACAACCUUUUCAUAUUCUGUUGAAUCUGUUAUCAGAAUAAUUUUAUGCACUGGAAAAUUUCUGCCAUUGUCUGUGUAAAAGUGCCUUGUUUGCUUGUAAUAUUUGAAAUGAAAUGUACAUUUUUAUAGUAAAACAUCACUAGAACUUCUAAAUAAAACACUUCUUUAUGUUUACAUAAAGGAAUUGAUUUCAACUUAA